UGGCGCACACGUGGGUUUGUUGUGAUCAGCCGCGGUUGCCGGUUGUGUUCUGUUGAUUGCAGCGGUGAUGUCGGAGGAUCCUCAGCCGGAGAGCAGCGCCCUGAGCGGCCUCAAGAUCGCCUCGCACGCGCCGCUGGAUGACGCGCAGCGCGCCGGCCGGAUGAAGUGCACGCGCUGCGGAUGCUCGCGUAUGUUCUUCUGCUACAGCUGCGGGGCGCUGGUCGGACUGCAGCCCGGGGACGUGCCGCGGGUCACGCUGCCGGUGAAGAUCGACAUCAUCAAACACCCGAAUGAGACGGACGGGAAGAGCACCGCAGUUCAGGCCAAACUUCUGGCGCCGCAGGACGUCACCAUACACACUUACCCCUGCAUCCCUGAGCUGGACCAGAGUACUGAAAAUAUCGUGCUGGUGUUUCCUGGUCCGGAUGCGAUGUCGGUGGAGGAGUUAUGGGAAUAUUUCUGCGCUGAUGGACGGCCGAGAGUGAAGCGAGUAAAGGGGGAAGCUGAGAGUCUCCGCUGCCCCAUCCAGAGGGUGGUGUUCAUCGACAGCACCUGGAACCAGACCAGCAGAAUCAUCACCGACGAGAGGCUGCAGGCUUUACCAAACGUGGAGCUGAAGAGCAGAAAAACCUGCUUCUGGCGGCGUCAGAAAGGAAGUCCGGACACGUAUCUGGCUACGAUCGAGGCCAUUUACUACUUCCUGAAGGACCUGCACUGCCACUACUUCUGCGAGUACACGGGAGAAUACGACAACCUGCUGUUCUUCUUCUCAUUCCUGCACAAACUCAUCAAUAAAGCCAAACAGGCUGCUGGGAAAGCCUGAGAGAGA